AUGAGCCCAGCGGGCAGAACAACUUUCUUGGAGCUGCAGAGCAUGGAAGCGCGGGGAGCUGAGGGCUACAGCAACACCACUUUCCAGAAUGAGGAAGACAUUCCUGAAGACCAAAACACACCAGGGAAUAAUGCACGAAGGAGCAGAGCUGUGCGAAGGGGAGAUUCUGGAGACCCCAAGCAGGGGGAGGAGUGCAUCAACGUUGAGCAAGAUUCUCCAAAAGACAUAGAGAAUAUAGAAGACAAUGAAGAUGUGCAUCGUAAAGGGUAUCUGGGAAAGAAAUAUGAUGCCGUUUGUGGAAUUUAUAAGAAACACAGAACCACUCUUAAGAAUAUCUUCUGGGGCAUUUUAUUAGCAGGUUACCUGGCAAUGGUGAUUGCAGCUUGUGUGUUGAAUUUUCAUAGAGCCCUUCCUCUCUUUGUGAUCACUGCAUUGGUCAUCUUCUUUCUUGUCUGGGAUUCCUUGAUGGCUAAAUAUGCAGAUCGACUUGAUGAGCUCCUGUCUCCGGGAAGAAGACUUCUGAACCAGCAUUGGUUCUGGCUGAAGUGGGUGAUUUGGAGUUCACUGAUCCUGGCAGUGAUUUUCUGGCUGAUCUUUGACACAGCCAAGUUGGGCCAACAGCAGCUGGUGUCUUUUGGUGGCCUUAUACUGUACAUCCUCCUGGUAUUUGUAUUUUCCAAAUACCCCAACAGAGUGUACUGGAGACCUGUUUUUUGGGGUAUUGGGUUACAGUUCCUUUUGGGGCUCUUAAUUCUGAGAACAAACCCUGGAUUUGUGGCUUUUGAUUGGUUGGGCAAGCAAGUUCAGACAUUCUUAGAGUACUCUGAUGCUGGUGCUUCCUUUGUCUUUGGUGAGAAGUACAAAGAUCACUUCUUUGCAUUCAAGAUCCUGCCGAUUGUGGUUUUCUUCAGCACGGUCAUGUCGAUGCUCUACUACCUCCGACUGAUGCAGUGGAUCAUUAGAAAGGUCGGAUGGCUAAUGCUGGUUACUAUGGGAACAUCUCCUGUUGAAUCUGUUGUUGCUUCUGGCAAUAUAUUUGUUGGACAGACAGAGUCACCACUGCUGGUUCGACCGUAUCUACCAUACAUCACCAAGUCCGAGCUCCAUGCCAUCAUGACUGCUGGAUUUUCCACCAUUGCCGGAAGCGUCUUGGGUGCCUACAUUUCUUUUGGGGUUCCAUCCUCUCAUCUACUGACUGCCUCUGUUAUGUCAGCUCCUGCAUCACUGGCUAUUGCUAAACUCUUUUGGCCAGAGACGGAAACGCCUAAAAUAACCCUCCAGAAUGCCAUGAAAAUGGAAAAUGGUGAGUCAAGGAACCUCCUGGAAGCUGCAACCCAGGGAGCGUCCUCAUCCAUCUCUCUGGUGGCAAAUAUCGCCGUGAACCUGAUUGCCUUCCUGGCCCUGUUGUCAUUUCUGAAUUCAGCCCUCUCCUGGUUUGGAAACAUGUUUGACUACCCACAGCUGAGUUUUGAGAUAAUCUGCUCCUACGUCUUCAUGCCUUUUUCCUUCAUGAUGGGCGUGGACUGGCAAGACAGCUUUAUGGUUGCCAAACUCAUAGGUUAUAAGACUUUCUUCAAUGAAUUUGUGGCUUAUGAGCACCUCUCCAAAUUGAUUCACUUGAGGAAAGAAGCUGGACCCAAAUUUGUGAAUGGACAACUACAAUAUAUGUCAAUUCGUUCUGAGACCAUUGCCACAUAUGCCCUUUGUGGCUUUGCCAAUAUUGGUUCCCUAGGAAUAGCGAUCGGUGGAUUAACAUCCAUGGCUCCUUCCAGAAAACGAGACAUCGCAUCCGGAGCAUUUAGAGCUCUGAUUGCAGGGACCAUCGCGUGCUUCAUGACUGCCUGCAUUGCAGGCAUGCUCUCUAGCACACCUGUGGACAUCACCUGCCAUCACAUUUUCGAGAAGGCCUUCAAUUUCAGCUUACCUCCAAACACAACGGAACUUGUCUCUUGUUGCCAGAGUCUAUUCAACAGCACUAUCAUCAAUCGUCCGGGCAAGGUCAUCCCGGGAGGAAAUUACAGCCUGGUUUCCCUGAAGGGCUGCUGCAAAUUGUUGAAUCCACCAACAUUUGAUUGCAGUUCGGUCCUUAAUUCAUUUUGAGUUCAGCCCCUUCUCCGUGAAACAUCUAAGCACAAACACUGUACUUUCCUGUUGUGAGGAGUGAGAAAGCUGUUCUGCACAGACUGAUAACUCCACCAUGGAAUCUGCUUGAAUUGGAAGGAGAGAAGAAAAACAGGAGCAGCGGAUCCUUCUGCUCUACAGACUACCUCUUCUCCUUCCCUCCUUUCCCACCUUGAUUCUGUUGAAAUUGCACCUGGCCUUAAACUACAAAUCACUUCUGAUUACAGAGAUAAAUGGAGUCUCCCAACAACUGGGCUAAGAUCCAGUUGAUCCUUUCCUGGAGAAAGAGAAUAAACAUUUUGAAGAAAUAAUAUGAGCUAG